CUUCCUCAUCUCCCAGAUUUUCCUUCUCAGCCGACGAUUGAGCUUUUCUUCCCUACCCGAAACUUCUUGGGUUUCCUCUUCCCCUUCCAUGCGACGCGUGGCUUCUCCCUCUUCCCUCGGUUUCCUCUUCUUCCUCAUGCAGAUCCUCGGCCUCUCAAUCCCCUUCCCGCUGCAGAUGGCUCUUCCUCUUCAACCAGCCAUAGCUUUUCAUCCUACCGAUCCAUUUUCACCUUCUCUACCCCUGAUUUUCCCUUUCCCCAAGACAGUCAACAGACAUCCCUUUUUCUCAAGAUCACCGGCGAUCUACAAGAACCGCUGUCGCAGUCCAGCAUCACCUACGCCGGUGAGUGAACAGCAGAACAGGAGCAAAUGAAGCCGGAUCUAUUGGUUGGUGGCGGAGGUUCUAUUCACGCGAUGACGCCGAGAAGAAGCUUCCUGAGAACUCCCAGUUUAACUGCAGAUCCGAUCAGUUUCUACUCAAGAUCGUUCUUUCAGCUAAAAGGGGAUUCGAUAUGGGCUGUUUUUCUGCAUAUCAAGGCCCAAAGUCACAUUUCAAAAGUCUGGGAUAUGUAGAUCCAAGUGGGCAGUUCCAACGAGUAUGGGCCUGUUGAGUGUUUCAGGUUCUAGGGUUUUUCCCUUGGGAUAUAAAUAGAGGUUUUAGGAGUAGGAAAAGGGGGGUUUCUGAAAUCAGAAAAAGGGCAUUUUUUUGGAGAGAUUCAAGGCAGGGAAAGCAGCGGUUAGAGGGUAGAGUCGUCGAGCUUUCCAAGGGAGUGACCAGUUGCGUUUCGGAGGGGUUCCAUCUUCUGGGUUUCAUCGUCGUAGGUAAUUUGCUGAACAGAGGGAUUUUUGGGAAGGAUAGUGACGGAGACGAAUGGAGCUUGAUCCCGUGGGUAGGAUCCCUCCUUCUGAUCCUGAUCUGUCCUCUCCAGAAAUUUCGGCCUUGUUUGCUUUAAUUCUUUUUUCUUAGAUUUUUGAUGUUUUGGAACUGGAGUGGAUGAUGACGUGGUGAAUAAAAUCAAGUACGUUUGUUGAA